AUGCCAUCUGCUGUUCGAGAAAAGAUGCGUUUUCUAUGCCUGCCAGGUGCAUAUGGCAGCGCAAAGGUUGGUACACCAUAUGACCUACAUUAUCUGUAAAACCCUCGCUUACUUUUCCUAGAACUUUAGGGUCCAACUAGGUAAAUACACUCGCUUUAUAGAGAUAGGAGUCUUGUGCUGAUAUUCUACGAGCACCAUUCUGCCAACAACUCACAGCCGAUGACAGCGCAGAGUUCUUUUUCACUCAAGGUCAAAUCGAGUGUCCUCCUCCUGUUGGAUUCGAAGAUUACUUUGGACCAAAACCUCUAUACAAGUUCUUCGACUACGACGGAAUUCAAAAGAACAAUGUUCUGGAACGAGUCCGAGAUUUUCCAGAAGGUGAAACCCCAGAAGAUGUAUUGCGCGAACUCAUGCCACAAGGCGACAGCAGUAUCCGACAAAAUAUCAGCAAUGCGCUUUCGGCCAUCUACCGUACCAUGGAUGAACAUGGCCCUUUCGAUGGGAUCUGUGCGUAUUCCGAGGGCACUGUGGCUGCUGGAUGUUUGAUUAUGGAGGAGGCCAAGUUGUUUGCUAGUGAAGGGAGACCACGAAGAAUUAAGAGAGUAUGAAUACCUUUCAUUUCCUUGUUUGGGUACUGAUAGUUUCUCACAGGCAGUCUUUUUUGCCGGCUGGCCGCCACUGGAUUCUGACUCCAAUACUAUGGUUUUGGUAGAUAACACGGAUGACGUUAUUGAUAUCCCAACUCUUCAUUGCGUUGGAGCUGAUGACCCAUACCUCGCGGGAGCAAUGGCGUUGUUCAAUGUCUGCGACCAAGAUAAUGCUAUUCUAGUAAGUUGACUUUUUGCUAUCUUGGCAGUUUUCGAUUACUGUUACUUGGUUUUGGACUAUCAAAUUCUUUUCAUGACCAGAGCUGAUCUUUCCAAUUUCUAGUUCGAUCACGGAAAGGGGCACACUAUUCCUAGAGAUAAGAAGACUCUCAAAGAGCUCGGAGACGCAGUACGCAUGCUUACUGAAUUAUAA